ACUACAGACAAAGCUCAAUGAUCACAACAUGAAUCUAGUUCUUUCUGGCUACGAAGCGAAUGAACCCUGAGUACAACAGAGUUUAGCUUCACUCUUUAAUUCUUUCUUCUUCACAUAAAUGCAGAACAACAAAUGUGAAAAAAUUAUAAUGCAACCGAAAGAGAAAGAAGAAAUUAAGAAGAACCAAAAUUUAAAGUCGGAGCAAAGCAGCGUUUUGGAAGAAAGUAAAAGCUUCAGAGACCGACAAUACACAAGAGCUAUAGCUUGUAUUUUAAUUUUUAUUUCCUUGGCAUGGCUUCUUGGACGUUUUGAAUUUGGAUUUUUUUGGCUAUUUGCUUUAAUUAUACUUGUUUUUAUUUGGUGGCGAAGCAAAAUUGCAUGGCUUCUGGAAGUUGUAUGUAAAGAUGCUGAUAUAGAAGCUCGUAGAGACAGGGCAUUCCAGGACACCGAAACGGUCGAAUGGCUGAAUUUUAUUCUAAAUAGAUGGAUAAUUCAUAGCGACGAAUCUCUUUUACUGCUGAUUAAAAACAGUCUUGAUCCCUUGCUUGAGGCUAAUCUUCCAUCCUUUAUUGGUUCAAUAGAGGUAAGCGACUUCACGCUUGGUACACGAACACCGUACAUCAAACAUGUCAAGGCUUAUGACAGCUUCGAUGACCUCCAAAAGCUGCGCRCUACAGCCUUUAGUAUGAGGCAGCCACCAGAGGAUCUCAUGACCAGGCAGACGUACCGAGUGGUUCUCGACCUGGAUAUUGGGCUGGCGUCACCAGAUGCACGUUUUGUGCUGCGAAUAAGACUGGGAAAUAAAGGUCGUCUUGCAACGGAGACAGAUAUCGCAGUAGAAGACUUCCACAUCAAUGGCAAGAUGCAAGUGGUUCUACAGUUCAACCGAAACAUUCCUUUCCCUCACCUGGCAUCGCUGUCAUUUUGCUUCUUACAAGAACCUCAGGUAUUGUUCGACAUCCGAAUGCUCAAAGCUGUCCAACUCAUGGAUGUUCCCCUAGUGAGGCAAUGGGUCAGUCAGAUGGUAAACGACACUCUCAAACUUUCAUUAGUGGAUCCUGACAGGAUUUACAUUCCGUUAUGUGACGACCCAGAUGAAGUCGCAAGAGGAUCGGAAUUCGCUUGUGGUGUUCUAACACUUUCCAUCAGCGGAGGAAUGGAUGAGCGUCCAACAGAUGAUCCGUAUUGGUGCGUGGUGUCGCUUGGCAACCAAAAGAUCAAUACGAAGGAUGUGACGUCAGACGGUCCUUGGAGUGAUCACGUGUCCUUGCUGGUGCAUAAUCUUCAUUAUGACAGGCUGACGAUCAAGAUUAAAGGAAAGCGCAAGCUUGGGACCAAGUACACAGUUACGCAGUAUGACAUGCCACUUGCUCGACUUUACCUGGAUACCAGUUCCGAACAAGAGAAGAUUUUUGAAAAAGAAAGCUCCAAGGGCUCGACACUUAAAGUGAACUUCACCUACAACGCGUUACCUUUGGUCAGCAUUCCUGCUGAAGAGGAACUGAWCACGGACGAAAAAAGGGAAGAAGUUGUGAAGAAUAUAAAAGAAAAUAUUCUAACUGUCCCAGAAGCAAAGGAGGAAGUUUCUGGUGUUAUUCUUGUGGUCGUACACAGCGGUGUGAGCUUGAUUCCUAUGGACAAGAACGGCUUGAGUGACCCUUACUGCUUGGUGUACGCCAACCGAUCGCUAGUCAACAAAACAGAUGUCGUCAAGGAAACUCUUGAUCCUGUUUGGAACUCAAUGGCAGAAUUUCCUGUGGCUAAUGUUUCUCAGGUGACGUUGUCUUUCCUGGUUCACGACAAAGACGAGAAUGCGUUGAGAGUAAAAGAUGAUGACGACGACUUCCUUGGCUCUUGCAAUCUGAAAUUGUCAAAGGAUUCGCCUGUGAUUUUGAGGAAGGAACUUCAUCUCCUUUACAAGCUUAAAAGUUCAAUGAAAACAUCAGGAAAACUGUGCGUGUCUGUGGUCUUCAGGCCUGUUGCAUCAAUACGCAAAUCCUGGAAGCCUCAAGUACCUGGUGGCUUUCCAGAGGGACAACCAGUAGAUGAGAAAUCUCUAAAAGUGGAUUUGAAAUUCAUGGAAGCAUUGCUCAUGGCAGAACGCGGAGCUCUUUGCAUCAGCAUCCACCGUGGUCGUAACCUAGUAGCCAUGGACCUUACAGGUAAAAGCGAUCCGUUCGUUACCUUGCGAACCGACGACGGCACAGAAAAGUUUCGAAGCAAAGUCCAAAGCAAGACCCUCAAUCCUGUGUGGAGUGAAACAGCAACAAUAUCGAUGCCAAGCGAUAGCGAGCAAAUCAUACUGGAUGUGUGGGACAAAGAUGCCUUAUCACAGGAGAAGAUGGGAAGUUCUGUGUUCAGCGCCUCACAGCUGAAGGAACUGACUAAGGAGCAGGAAACGAAGCACUGGUUCAAGUUAAGCAACACCAAAAGCGGAGAGGUUCAACUGAGCUUUGAAUAUAUCACACCUGAGGAAUGCAGCAAGGUAGAGCUGAAUAACAACAAGAUAAUAGAUGGUGAGCCAGAAUCGGUCAAACCAGAAGAUCUUGAUCAGGACCAGAAUCGCAAAUCAGGAUGGAAAGUUAUGCUAAAGAAGCGACGAGUGUUUGGUAUCACUGCCUUUUCAAAGAAAUCUUCAGCUGGCACUCGUCCUCCUUCUAGCAAACUUACGAAUAACGAUGAAGCCAAACAAGUAGAAGAUGAACAUCCAGAGGAUUUAGGGAAUGGCUCACCUGGGGUUUCAAAAUMUUCACGAGCUCACUCCGCAAGAUCUUCCGUCUCGAGCCACGAAGAACUCAUCUUGACAAACGAAGAAAUGUCUGUCCUCGUCAAUAAUAAAGAAGUCUUUGAUUCGACGUCUUGUUCAUUAGAGGCUAAAGCGAGUAGAGAAAGCAAAACACGUCCGAAGUUACUCACAGUUGUAAACUCGGCGAAGAACAAGAAAAGUACUGAUAACCAUUCCUUUGGAAGUCCUGAAAGAGACGAUGAAAAUUCUAGUGUACAGGACGACCAUUUUGACGACAUUGAGGAGCUACUUGGUGGAAAGACUGAGCUAAAAGAAGUCUCUCGUCAUUGGAAAAUGAAAGGAGUCAGGAAGAGAUUUCGAUCGUGGAGAGGCAAAAAACAACGAAGUGUAAGUGAGAGUGAUGUGAUUCGCGCCGUGGAGAAAGAAAACGAUGAUGAUGAUGCGAAAGAAUUGUUGGAAGCGUGGUUCGAUUCGGCAAGCGAUAGCGGCAAAGACGARAAAAAGUCACAGAAAGUCAAGAAGCAUAACAGUGUUGGGAACGUUGAGAGGAAGAAUUCUUCGCCUGCUUUAAGCCGACAAAGUCCUAAUAUUGGAAAACGUGGAUACUCGCUCGGCGAUAAAGAAAAGCGUAAAAACAAAAAUUGAAACGAUUUUAGAAGGAAGUAAAACAGCAAUGAGAAUCGCAUCUACACUGACUUGUCGACAAAAAAUGACAAUAUUAUGUACUUAAUUGCGGCAAGCAUGCAAGGACAAAAAAGGUAUAUAUCAUAUUCCAGUCAAUAAUAUGAUUUUAGUUUGAUUGAAAGCAGCGACGAAAAACCAAACAAAGAGUUCGCAUGUAAAUCGCAGUAAAUAGUUCGGCCAUGCAAUCGAUAACGUAAAUGACGUACUUUGAGACUUUUUCUGAACAUUUUGUAUUAAAAAUGAUCUGAUGAUUGCUCUGAUUUAAAAUGCAUACUUUUUUUAAUGUGAAAUGUUACAGGCGAGGUUUAGAGGCGGGAAAAAGUCGUCGCUCCUUCAUUUCGCAAGAAUUCAGGGUAUUCCCUUUAAAGGGCAGAGUCUUCAGCUAUCAAUAUAAAAGAACUAAGAUAACUUCAAUUCAGAAGUAAGCUAAAAAAAUGUCAGAGAACUUGAAGGCGACAUACUCAAAGUCCUUAUAUAGUAAAAUUAUGAAUAAAGGUUUUGCACCAUCAAGUGACGGCAGCCAUGUUAGAUGGCAGGAACAAUACAAUCGUUUUACAUAAGAAAAAAUUCAAUUCCCAAGCGCAAAGGGGCGUUAUUGUUCUGCCAUCCAACCACAGGCAGUCCAAGCUGGAUUUUGGCGCCGGCACGUGAUGGUGCAAAACCUCUAUACUAGUAUUAAAACACUUUAAAAUAUGUUCAUCGCAGUCACACAAACAACAAGGGAGGAGUUGGACUCGACAUUACGUAAUCAUCUAAUUUUUUGGUGUAAUUAAAUAUCUGACAAAUCUUGCCAACAUUAAAAAUAUUUAAUAACUAACGUUAAAGCAAACGGGAUCUCACUUCGAAAUCGAUUCCUCUUUUGUCACGUGACUGCAAAUAAUGUAAGUACGUUGUGCGUAUUGUUAGUUUUUAUACCUGAAAAUCUUUGAAUAAAGUCUAUAGUAACUGAAAAA